UGCUUUCAAAACAAUUUAAAGUUUGAUCGAAGGAAAAUCCUUCAUCUGCAAAGAAAAACUAUUUAAAUGAAAAAUAUCCUAAGAAAAAUAUCGAAAUACUCAAAGUUAUAAAAUAAAUUAGGUUAUGCCCAUUUAAAUUAAUCUUAAUGUCAUAUACAUAAAAGUAACUUAUACAAAGAAAUACAUGAGAGCAAUUGCUUUUCAAAUACUUUCUAAAAUAAUAAAAGCAAAAUCAUCGUUUUGGUAAUACAUUAAUUCGUCUUCACAUCGAAAACACUGAGGUUGGCAUACGAGAUUUACACCGAGAGCUCUCAAGCUAAGUGGCCGUUACUCCAGUCUACUAAUUUGAAAUGAAGGGGGGGAGGAAUUUUAUGAGUUAAAAGCCCAGUAAGUAGUAAGUUUAAGUUAUAAACUUGGGUCCUAAGAUCCUUAGACCUAUCCACACAAAAAGCAUAAGACACAACGGAAUCAAAUCACAUAAUAUUAUAAUUCUCACUAUUUAAAUAAUGACUUAAUAUCUCAAAUUAUAAGCACAAAUGUCAAGUAAUAAUCAAUGACAUUUAAAUUGAAUUCAUAUACUAAAAUCAUAUGCCCACAAACACGAUGUCACAAGCGCAAUGCAUAAAAUCGAAAAACACACAAUGCUAUGGAGUCCACUGAGAUGUUCCUUUCGGUCUCCAUCUUCUACUUUUCUUUACCAGGAAAAAGUGAAGAUAUUGAUCGUGUUAAAGAGGCUCAAGUGGCAUGUCCAUAUUCCAAAGGCCAAGAGAGUGAAGAAAUUAUGUCCAAUUCUAAAAUUGACAGUUCCGGGUGUCCUGGUUCUCAUCCAAAUGAUUGCCAAGUGCUUUCAGUUUCAGAAUAUACAAAUACAUCACUUCCGGAUGGUGCACAGGCAUUGGAACAUGGAAAUGCUCAAUCAGGUGAACCUUGUUUAGCUUCAAUAUGUCUGUUCUGUGACAUCAUAAAUUGUAAAUCUGUUCAAUUUAGAGAAUGUAUGAAUAUAACUACCAAGCAAGUUCUGGAUUUCACUUUGGUCUUGACUCACCGCAGCUUGCUGCAGAACAGAUACAUGCUGAAGAUAGUUUUCUUGAAAGUUUGCCAAACAAUUUUAGUAGAGAAUCGGACCCCUUUCAACUAAACAGGAGCAAUAAAAACCUUAUUCUUCAAGCAAGCAAGCAUGAUGGCUUUGAUUCUUUUCUUUACAGCCUCUUAAUCCUAAUAAGCCUUUGUUAUACAUUUAUGUCAAGUUGGCCUGACCUAGACUUGGUUCUGAAUUCAUGUGUACCAUACCUUUCGUUUUAUUCCUUUUGGAUUAAUUUUGCUAAAGUAUGGGAAAAUUUUGCCAUAAUUUUAUUUUCCUGAUUUUCCUCUUUUUUUGGUUUGCAGCUGCAAGUUGGGAACUUGGGCGAAUGCGUGUUGAAUAUACGCGAAAGUUUUUU